AUGAAGACACCUGUUCUUUGCCUCUUUGUUCACUUUUGGCUCCCUCUCCUGGGCAAAGCAGCACCAAAACCCGAAUGGAUUGAGCUCUCAUACCAAUUCAACAAUGAGACCAUUUACUGGCCUACUUCCUUGGCUUUCAAGCACAUCAGACUAAGCGAAAAUUUUACCGCCGCUGGUUUCUAUUAUUCAGCGUAUGACAUCAUUACUGCUGAACAUGGGGGAACCCAUAUUGAUUCUCCGAGACACUUUGCUGAAAAUAGGUGGACCACUGACCAGAUACCUUUAGAUCGGCUCAUUGGACCUGCCAUAAAGAUAGAUAUGUCCUCCAAAGCAGCCGAGGUAAUAGUUCUUCUUCAAUUUGGGAAACUCAUGCUGUAACCCAAAACUAGUUAUGAUCCUAGCCUGUGCAACUUAGUCUAACUUCCUUUUUUUCUCUUUUUUUUUGGGCCACUAAUUUUGAGUUAGUUUUCUACGCAAUCUUGUAGUAAGCCGAUAAAAGAAACGAUAACAUCCCAAAAAUAGUCGCAUAGUGGACUUCGGCCCAAAACUGAUCCCGUCUCCCUGCGCGAUUAUGCGCAUCCUCAAAUGUAGCUAAAGCAAAUUGUCAAGAGUCAGUGCAAAUGGUCGCAGAAAUAUGGCGCACCUCCCAGAAACCUGUCUAUCAAAGUGCCCUAUUAUUCACAGACCCGCCUUAAAAUCAGUCGCUGAUUUGUUCCUCAGAACCGUGAUUACCAAGUGAUGCCGAGUGACUUAGAAGCCUGGGAAGAUAAGAACGGAAAGAUUCCUGAUGACAUCAUAUUGCUUCUGUUUUUUGACUGGGGAAAGCGUUGGCCAGAUAAACUAACUUACCUCGGUACUGACACGAAUGACACGUCCUUGCUGCAUUUCCCGGGUAGGUUAAUCUACACCAUCACUUCAUUUUUUUUUGGUUUGUUCUCUGAGGGUGUUACCUGUAGUGACUCCAAACUUCGGCUUGGGUUGAUAACACACUCCUCCCUUCCUCGCUGUACAUGCAUUAUUCUUCAUCCUGCACAACUCGCCCACUUUUUGUUUUAUCUUCUAAUUCAAUGUUAAUGAGACAAUCGAGUGGAAGAUGCCCGUUGGGGAAGAUGAAAAGGGGUUUCUUUCUUUUCCCACUCUUUCUUUCCCAUCGUCCUAUUUGCUAAGAUGCCCUAAUAGUCCUCCGCGAACCUUCCGUGGCCGCCAACAAAUAAUAUGAAAGACGACUGGGAACGAGUCAACUUCAUCAGGCAUCAUCAUCAUCAUCAUCAUCAUCAUCAUCUUCCCCUCCCCCUCCCCCUCUUUCUUUUUAGGCUCUCGUUGAAUUUUUCGCGCUGUAAAACGAAAAAUCCCGUUCCUCAUACUCAGCCUCAUACAAAUCAUCGUCAGUAAAGUUACAUAGGUACAAAAGCCAAUUUAGAUUUCUUUGUUCCAUGAUGUUUUCUUUGCUUUUUAGACUACUUGUGUACACAAUGUGAAUACCAUUCCUAUUCAAGACUUUCAACUUUGUGCACUGACAGGGCUCCUGGUACAAUCAACUGCUGUCGACUAAGUAAUAAACAAAAACAUAAAAUAAAGAAAUCUGUUGGGCCUUCAGGAGAUGACUAUUACACUUCUGCAUUGAAAUUAUGUCCAAAUUAAUUGCUAAUCAUUUAUACCUGAAGUAUUUUUGUAUGUUUGCAUGUAGGGAUACACCCUAAUGCCUCCCGUUGGUUGGUAAAAAAUCGCAAGAUCAAGUUGAUUGGUGUAGACACAGCAUCUAUCGACUACGGACAAUCGACACUUUAUGAAUCACAUCAAAUUCUUUACGAGAGGAAUAUUCCAGGCCUAGAAAAUAUCGCCCACAUGGACAAGUUACCCAUAAAAGGCUUCACGUUGUACGCAGCUCCAAUGUUUAUCACUGGUGGUAGCGGAGGGCCUUGCAGAAUCUUUGCUCGUCUGGAUAAAGAAGACUGCACUGUGAAUGCUGCUAUCAGGCUGAGAAGUGUGAACAUUUUUCUGGUUACAACUGUUUUCAUGUUCUUGAUUUUUCUGUAAUUUUCUCUAUUGUUGCAAUGGAAGUGUGUGUGUGUGUGUGUGUGUGUUUUUUUUUGUUGUUUUGUUUUUUUUUUUUCGAUUACACAGUGCAUCGCAAAUGGUCAGUUCACUUUAAUAUUGCUCUUUAAAAGACGUUUCUGCAAAUGAUCAUCCAUAGCAGGUUUCGAUCAGUCUGAAUAGAAGCACGAGGAGCCGCAAGAGGUGAUAUUUUUGCACGGCAUCUGGCGGCACAUCAAAGAAUUUGGAAUUGAAGGGCAAAUUCCUAGAAUAUCUUCGCCAGUUAAGCUAGAGAAAAGGUGUUAAAAAACCUCAGGAUCCAAAACAACACGUCAAUCAAAAUAUCACUUGGACCUUUUCGCUAAUGAAGAGCUAUCACGCGGCUAAGCUUGAAUUAGACAUACAUUGAAAUAGGAACUCGUGUCAAUAAAGUAUCUUAAGUGAGUGGGAAUCGCUCCUAGUUAAAAAACUGGUUCACAGGGAUAUGAAUCUCUUCUAGUUAAGAGAAGAGAAUCAGAAGUGCUUUUCAUGCAGGAACAGGUUUUCUUCGGGCUAACUACAAAACUUCAGCUUAUUUCACUCCUUGACAUUGUCAAAGCGCAUUUUGUAAAGAUAACUUUUUCCGCUUUAUCAGCUUUUUUUAUAUUCUAUUCCAUUAAUGUUUAAUCUCCCUCAAAAAGCCAAAUAAUAUAAAUGCUGUUGUUAAAAAAAGCGUUUUACCUGUUUUUGUGAAUUCGCUACCCAAAGAUCACUAUGCUCAAAGGACAGGGCAAAAUUUCCAGGAGAGAGGCAUUAAUUUUUUUUCCCACGAGGUUACAAAGAGAAAAUGCAAUGAUUAUUGUUAAUGUAACCAUCAGGUAUACUCUACCCACGAGGUUACGGACAGCAAAUGUAGUGAUUAUUUUUAAUGUAACCAUCAGGUAUGUUCUACCCACGAGGUUACAAAGAGAAAAUUCAAUGAUUAUUAUUAACGUAACCUUCAGGUAUGUUCUACCUACGAGGUUACAGAGAGCAAAUGCAGUGAUUAUUAUUAAUGUAACCGUCAGGUAUAUUCUACCCACGAGGUUACAAAGAGAAAAUGCAAUGAUUAUUAUUAACGUAACCUUCAGGUAUGUUCUACCCACGAGGUUACAGAGAGCAAAUGCAGUGAUUAUUGUUAAUGUAACCGUCAGGUAUAUUCUACCCACGAGGUUACAAAGAGAAAAUGCAAUGAUUAUUAUUAACGUAACCUUCAGGUAUGUUCUACCCACGAGGUUACAGAGAGCAAAUGCAGUGAUUAUUAUUAAAUGUAACGGUCAGGUAUAUUCUACCCACGAGGUUACGGAGAGCAAAUGCAGUGAUAUUAUUAAUGUAACCAUCAGGUAUGUUCUACCCACGAGGUUACAAAGAGAAAGUGCAAUGAUUAUCAUUAACGUAACCUUCAGGUAUAUGUUCUACCCACGAGGUUACAGAGAGCAAAAGCAGUGAUUAUUAUUUUAAAUGUAACCAUCAGGUAUGUUCUACCCACGAGGUUACAGAGAGCAAAUGCAGUGAUUAUUAUUAAUGUAACCAUCAGGUAUGUUCUACCCACGAGGUUACAGAGAGCAUGCAAAUGCAGUAACAAUUAUUAGAUUUUAGUGCAACUAUCAGGUUGAGUUUCUCCAUUAAAAGAGUUUUUUGCUAGGGUUAAACAAGUUUGGCUUUCAUGAGUUUCAAGGUGCAAGAAAUUAUCAGUAUAAUUAUAGCACACAAACAUUGUCAUCUAUAUUCUUCGCACGUAGCCGGAAUAAGCCAAGAAAUGAAGCAUAUAUAACGAAAAAUCGUCCUCAGAUGAUCUCCAUAUUAAGUAAAUGAUACUAAACGUUGCGAAAGAAAUUAUUGUUUGUAUCCGUCCUAUCCAUCGUAAAAGCGAGGGGUCAUCGCAUGACAUCCGGUAUAUUAAACAGAGGUAAUACUCACGGGUUUCACGAGUUGUAUGCACUAUUUUUCUCCGAGAAACAAAUUUAAACUUCAAUUCUUACCUUACAGUAGUCCGUUCUUUUACCUUGCAUUCGACAACAAAUCCGUUAAAGGCGAACAAAGCGAUUCCGGCACUCUUCUUUAUGAUGAGUAGCAAGCCGCAGGAACUGAAGCCGCUUGACUGAAGUAAAAUCCACCGAUAUUCGCGGCAUGCUCACUACAAAUAUAAACAAACGUCGCGGAGAAAAAAAGACGAGGAGGAAAAAAUGCCAGAUCUUCGCCUCGGCAAUGUAUUCCAGCUACCAUGCCGGCGUAUCUCCAGAAGGAGGACUCGACGUGGGACAAACCCUGUGAUCUUUUUUUAGAAGCCCUUUGCGCGCAAACUAAUUUAUUCUGGCGCGAGAUGAAGAAUAUGUAUACUGAAAUCUAAUCCACGACAAGAAGAUUUUCGCACUGUAGCGCGACAUAUUAAAUGCCUAUCUUUACAAGUACGCGGAGAAAGUGGUCCACUAGUUUAACUUUUUUAUGAUUAAUUUUUACUCCACAAAAGCAAAAUGAAAUGUUUUAUCUCUAUGGUUUUUACGUGCCUGAUUGGAAGGCAGAAGUAAAUUCAUCAUACAGACCCCAUCAAAAUGAAAGUACACGAAUGAAACGGAAUAAGUCUGGGACGGUUUAGUUUCUACCCAGCAGCUUCUUUGCUUUUAUAACAAAAAUUUAAUGUUGCAGUCUGUUUUAAACGUUGGCAUAUCAACGCACACAGUCACUGAAUGAAAACAACAAACACGAUCACGUUCUUCGAAACCGACCAGACGCGCGCGACCUACCACUGUUAUGGUAAGCAAUUAUCCUGAAGGUGUUAAUGUUCCCGUGACAGUCUUCGCACUGAAGGUGUAAAUGGUAAACCGAACGGUCGCUUUGAUCAUCAGAAAGACCUGUCAACUUUGAUGAUUUAACUGAUUAAAUUACGGGACAGAAAUUUUACUGCUUGCGGCUCAUCGUGCCUGUGAUGAUGACCAUUUUAUGGGUGCAAAAAUUUAGUUCGAGUUAGCGGGGAAUUCGAGUUAUCCGAGUUCGAGUUAUCGAGGUCCUACUGUAGUUUAUCAUAAGUUAUGCUAAAUUGGUAACAGAACUUCGCGUCUUCCAAUUCGAUCUGUAAUCAUACCCGCCGGCUUAAACAAAUCGGAUUUUGUUGAUCAUUCGUAUGAUUACAGAGAGAACUGGAGUCAACUCAGUCCCAUGACCAUUAUGAAUGGUCAGAAUGGUGAAAUGUACUUACUAUAUAUGACAGGAAGUAAAACUGGAAAAUAAAGUGAUCAUUGACUCAUUCAUCCACUUAAUAUGCAUGCAUUUAUUAACAUAACUAUGGUUAAACCC